CAUGGCAGCCCAGAAUGGAAACACUAGUUUUGCAACCAACUUCAGUAUAUCCCAAGACCAUGCCUCCUCCCUCCCCUUCAACUUCAGUUACGGUGAUUACGACCUCCCUCUAGAUGAGGAUGAGGAUAUGACCAAGACUCACACCUUCUUUGCAGCCAAGAUCAUUAUCGGGGUGGCACUUGUGGGCAUCAUGCUGAUUUGUGGCAUUGGAAACUUUGUCUUUAUCACUGCCCUUGCCCGCUAUAAGAAGCUGCGCAACCUCACCAACCUGCUCAUUGCUAACCUGGCCAUCUCCGACUUCAUGGUGGCCAUUGUCUGCUGCCCCUUUGAGAUGGACUACUAUGUGGUGCACCAGCUCUCCUGGAAGCACGGCCAUGUGCUCUGUGCCUCUGUCAACUACCUGCGUACCGUCUCACUCUAUGUCUCCACCAAUGCCCUGCUGGCCAUCGCUAUCGACAGAUAUCUCGCUAUCGUUCACCCCUUGAAACCACGGAUGAAUUAUCAAACAGCCUCCUUCCUGAUCGCUUUGGUCUGGAUCGUAUCCAUCCUCAUCGCCAUCCCAUCAGCCUACUUCACAACGGAAACCGUCCUCUUUAUUGUCAAAUGCCAGGAAAAGAUCUUCUGCGGCCAGAUCUGGCCAGUGGACCAGCAGCUCUACUAUAAAUCCUACUUCCUCUUCAUCUUCGGCAUCGAGUUCCUGGGCCCAGUGGUCACCAUGACCCUGUGCUACGCCAGGAUCUCCCGGGAGCUCUGGUUCAAGGCGGUCCCUGGUUUCCAGACGGAACAGAUCCGGAAGCGGGUGCACUGCCGCCGGAAGACAGUGCUGGUGCUCAUGUGCAUCCUCACGGCCUACGUGCUGUGCUGGGCGCCUUUCUACGGCUUCACCAUCGUGCGCGACUUCUUCCCCACUGUAUUCGUGAAGGAGAAGCACUACCUCACAGCCUUUUAUGUCGUCGAGUGCAUCGCCAUGAGCAACAGCAUGAUCAACACCGUUUGCUUCGUGGCCGUCAAGAACAACACCAUGAAGUACUUCAAGAAGAUGCUACUGCUCCACUGGCGGCCCUCCCAUGGCGGGAGCAAGUCCAGCGCUGACCAUGACCUCAAAACCAGCGGCCUGCUGGCCACAGAAAAGGUGGAUUGUAUCAGGCUGAAGUGACCCACUGGUGUUUCAUAAUGGAAAACCCAAAAGCCAGUACUUGGAGCACAAUUCACCAAUAACCA